AUGGCGGGUGGUUUUGAGCUGCGCAAAUGGGCUACUAAUCAUCUUCCUCUGCUAGACGGUAUCCCAUCUGAUCAUCGUAGGGAAUCCUCCUCUAUUGACCCCCUUCUUCUGGACCGUGAACCAAGUCUCAAAAUUCUGGGACUUGGAUGGAAUCCUGCAUCUGAUCACUUCUUUUAUUCCGUCCGUUUAAACUCAACGACAGUCACCAAACGGAAUGUGCUGAGUCAGAUGGCUAGAAUCUUCGAUCCUUUGGGAUGGCUAACUCCAGUCACUUUCUAUGCCAAAAUCUUCUUUCGUCAGCUCUGUCUACUUCAUCUAGAAUGGGAUCAACCUCUCUCGAAUGAGAUUCAAAACCGGCAGUUUCAAUCCCAGCUUCCCACUUUGACAGAGCUUCACAUACCACGAUUCAUCCCUGCCGUUUCUUCUUCUGCUCAUCGCUUCAUCGGCUUCUGUGAUGCCUCUGAAUCCGGCUAUGCUGCAGUCGUUGACCUCAGCAUUCCUACAUCGUCCGGUCGAUUCCACGUGUCUCUUCUAGCGGCCAAAUCCAAAAUUUCUCCUUGUGAGGCAAUGUCCCUGCCUCGUCCAGCACUCCGAGGUGCCCAUCUUCUCGCAAAAGUCAUGCAUCAUUUGUCUACCCGCGUUUUACAGAAUCUCAGUGCUGACUAUAUUGCAUUUUGCGAUUCUUCCGUUGCCUUGUCGUGGAUUCGUGGUGAGAGUCACAGGUGGAGGACAUUUGUUGGCAAUCGAGUCGCUGAGAUACAGGAUUUGAUUCCUUCUAAUUGCUGGAGGCAUGUGAUAUCUGAAGACAAUCCAGCUGAUUGCGCCUAUCGAGGAUUGAUGCCCUCAGAUAUUCAUCACCACCCAUUGUGGUGGCGUGGUUCUCCUUGGUUGUCUCUCGAACCAUCCUCGUGGCCUCUUUCCUCUGUCGAUUCAUCUCAAAAUGAACAGGUGGACGACGAAGCAAAGCCGAUCUCCUCCUUAAUGUUUGCGGCCAUUUCCAAUGAACCCACCUUCAUAGAACGUUUUUCUUCGUAUCUUCGUCUCAAGCGCGUAACUGCCUUUUGUCGACGUUUCAUGGUGAAUGCUCGUCGUUCAUCUUUCCCUCGAUCAGGUUUCCUCUCCUCUAUUGAGCUUCAAAAAGCUGAAAUUUGUUUGAUAUGUCUAGUUCAGUCUCUGCAUUUGGCUGAGGAUCUAGCUGAACUUAAAAAUCCUUCUUCUCGUCAUCGGCUUGUCAUGAAACUCCAUCUCUUUCGCGACAAUCAUGAACUUAUACGUGUCGGUGGUCGCCUUUCAGCCUCCUUACUACCUUAUAAACACAAACAUCCUGUUCUCCUACCCAAAAAUCAUCAUCUCACGCAUCUGAUCAUUGAUGAUGCCCAUUAUCGUCUACUUCACGCCGGUGCUUUAGCUACGCAUUCGUUCAUUCGUCGACGGUUCUGGAUCUUAAAUGGCCGCAACGUAGUUCGUAACCGUCUACGAAAAUGUAACCGAUGCUUCUCCUGCAAACCUGGUCCUCUCAUUCAGCCAAUGGGCAAUCUUCCGCCUGAGCAGUUAUCUUCUGCUAUGGCUUUUCUUACCACUAGCGUUGACUACGCUGGUCCAUUUUAUGUGACGAGUGCGCGACUGCGCAGAGCCGUCAGCACCAAGGCAUAUCUAGUCGUCUUCAUCUGUUUCACAACUAAAAAGGUUCAGCUAGAAUAA